GUGUGAAUUGAAUACUAGAUUUUUUUGUAUCUUAAACUUUUAAAGCCAUAUAUAAUGUUUUCAAAUGUUGCAGUGCAGCUUUGCUAGCUUAUUUUGUAACUAAGCAUAGUUAUUAAAUAUAAUUAAAGUUUAAUUAUUCUAUGAAUAUCAAUUUAAAUUACAGCAGGCUGAAUUGUGUGUGGAAAAUGAGAGUAUAUCUUGUGUAGUUUCAAGUUUGUUUACAAGUUGGAUUUGAAUUGUCUAACUAGAUUUAAAAAGGAAGACGCAUGUUCUAUGAUGGCUUCUUCAUUCGAGAGAAGUCUCUUGGAUGACUCUCAAAAUGGAAUUACAGCAGACAUGGAUGCUGUAAUUGACCACGUAACCUCUGCUUUGAGCUUUUGUACACAGGAAUAUAAAGAUAAAGCAAAAGAGAAUAGUAUGCUCCUGGAAAAACUAGGAUUUAGCAUUAACGAUUUACCCCUAGACAUAAGAAGAGAAUUGAAAGAAAUUUUCAGCGAUAAUGAGGUGUUCAACUUCCAUUCACUAGACAGCAAGGAACUGGUGACUGUCAAUGUACAGCACAUGGUAGAUAGCUUGUGGGCAGAUGACGAGUUGGCACAAAUUCAUCGACUGAAGGUGCAAGCAGAUUCAGUUAUUGAUGCAUUAGAAUGUACCAACACCAGUCUCCAUCGGAAGUUGGAAAUAGCUAAAUGUAAAACAGAAUAUCUGGAUGAAAAAGCCAAUGAAAUAGCAGCACAAUCGAUUGUAUUCAGAGGCAAAUUGGAGCAAGCAGAGAAGGAGUUGCAGAUGCUGCACGUAGCUUCACAGAUGCUAGAGAAGCCAAAAUACAGCCUGGAGGAGAUACAGAGCCUACACAAGGAGUUGAAGAAGGUAAAGGAAGAUGUGGCAUUUACUGGCACUAAACUUGACAAGUACAACCAAUUGUCACUCAAUGAGAAGGAAGCAGCCAAACAACUUGCCAAACUUGAGGAAGAGCUCAAGAAUGUUAAUAAUGAAAUAAAACAAAAACUAUGACAGUUAUUACAAAAAUUAUUAAUAGUUUUUAUGCUGUGCUGUUAUAUCUUCUUUUCAAGUUUAAUUGCAAAAGUGCCAAACUAAGUGUAAAAUAUUUUAUUUGGUUAUUUUGUACGAAUAAAAAUAUUUUAUUGAACAAA